CAGACGCCACACUGCUAGCAAAAAUGAAACUGGUUUUGAGUGUGAUUUGAGACACAGGCAGCCAAGAAGGAAACGAAAACAAAGACAGAUUUAAUCACAAAAUCACCUUGUUGAGUCUCCGUGUUGACCCGGCGGAGCCCGAGAGGAGGAACAGCCACACAGCGCUUGGGCUAUGAGUCAACAACAGAGCUGGAUAAGACUACUGCGAUGGAGGUAAAACUAAAAAAGCAGUUCUGUAGCAUUGGGCUCAGUUACUUGGUGAGACUGAAGCUGCUGUCACCAUGGCUCACUUUGACACAGAAUACCAACGCCUGGAGGCGUCCUACAGCGACUCUCCCCCUGGAGAGGCGAACAUGCUGAUGCACGUGCCCGAAGGAGCUAAAUCCCAGUGGCAUCACAUCGAGAACCUGGACCUGUUCUUCCAGAGAGUGUAUAAUCUGCACCAGAAGAAUGGCUUCACCUGUAUGCUGCUGGGAGAGAUCUUUGAGCUUGUCCAGUUGCUGUUUGUGGUUGGCUUCACCGUGUUCUUAGCCAACUGUGUGGACUAUGACAUACUCUUUGCCAACAAGUUUGUAAAUCACACCGAUUCCUCUAAAGUCACCCUGCCAGACGCCUUUCUCCCGGUGGAUGUGUGCAGUGCACGAAUCACCGACAACGCAUUUGUGAUCUUUGUGCUGAUAAUCUCGGGGGUGUUUUGGCUACACCGCAUGGUCAAAUUCAUCUACAACAUUUGCUGCUACUGGGAGAUCAGAUCCUUCUACAUCAAUGCACUCAAAAUGACCAUGUCAGAGCUCCCCUAUGCCACAUGGCAGGAAGUUCAGGCCAGGAUAGUGGAGAUUCAGAAGGAACACCAGAUCUGCAUCCAUAAGAAAGAACUGACGGAGCUGGACAUUUACCACCGCAUUCUCCGCUUUAAAAACUACAUGGUUGCCAUGGUGAACAAGUCACUCCUUCCUGUGCGAUUUCGACCUCCGGUACUUGGUGACUGUGUCUUCUACACCCGGGGUCUUAAAUACAACUUUGAGCUAAUCUUCUUCUGGGGUCCAGGCUCUCUGUUUGAGAACGAGUGGAGCCUGAAACCAGAGUACAAGCGGGGAGGUAACAGGCUCGAGCUGGCAGACAGGCUCGCGUCCCGUAUCCUGUGGAUCGGGAUCGCCAAUCUGCUGCUGUGUCCGGUCAUUCUGGUGUGGCAGAUUCUCUACGCCUUCUUCAGUUACACCGAGGUGAUCAAGCGAGAGCCCGGUUCUCUGGGAGCGAGAUGCUGGUCUCUGUACGGUCGAUGUUACCUGCGUCAUUAAAGUCUGUUUCCCACCCUUUGUCUGUUCCUUUUUAAGGCUGCAUCCAAGUAUAUGAACUGUUUUCUGUCACCGCUGCUGACAGUGGUGGCCAAAAAUGUAGCCUUUUUUGCCGGGUCUCUUCUGGCCGUCCUCAUCGCUCUGACCAUCUACGAUGAGGACGUUCUCGCAGUGGAACAUGUUCUAUCAUCAAUCACGCUCCUCGGAGUGUGUAUCACAGUCUGCAGAUCAUUCAUUCCUGAUAAGCACAUGGUGUUUUGUCCUGAGCAGCUGUUGCGUGUUAUUCUUGCUCACAUCCACUACAUGCCCGAUCACUGGCAGGGCAACGCGCACAGAUACGAGACGCGUGACCAGUUCUCGCAGCUCUUCCAGUACAAAGCAGUGUUCAUCCUAGAGGAGCUGCUGAGUCCGGUUGUCACUCCCAUCAUCUUGAUCUUCUGUCUGAGGAGGAAGUCCCUGGAGAUCAUUGAUUUCUUCAGGAACUUCACAGUGGAGGUGGUUGGAGUAGGAGACACUUGCUCCUUUGCCCAGAUGGACAUCAGGCAGCACGGCCACCCUGCGUGGAUGUCGGAGGGGAAGACGGAGGCGUCGAUCUACCAACAGGCCGAGGAUGGGAAGACGGAGUUAUCUCUGAUGCACUUUGCUAUCACCAACCCCCAGUGGCAGCCUCCUCAGGAGACCACACAUUUCAUCAGCCAGCUGAAAGAACGAGUCCACAGAGAGGCCACGGGGGCAGACACACAUCCACUCUCACUGUCUGAGUCAGAGCCAAAGAGCCUCAUCGCAAACCUCUUGGCAGGUCCCUCCACGGGGACAUCGGUACAUUUCGGCAGGGACUCUUUGACAAAUCAUGCAGCGGCUGGCUUAAGCGAUGGAGCAUCGGCCUUGCGCUCACUCUCUCCAAUCAGCAGCAGUCUUCACCUGAGAGGCAGUUUGAGUUCAGCUCAGAGGGCGACUGCUCACACUUCCACCAUGAGCAAAGCAAUGGCAGGUUCUGGGACGGAUGCCCGGACAGUGAGCUCAGGCAGCAGUGCAUGGGAAGGUCAGCUCACCAGUUUGAUCCUGUCAGAGUACGCCUCCACUGAAAUGAGCAUCCAUGCUCUUUACAUGCAUGAGCUACACAACAAGCAGUCCCAUGGCGAGCUUUCCCGUCACACCUGGCACAGGCAGGAGAGCGAUGAAAGCAGCGACAGCGUCCCAGAUGAAGUGAGGAGCGAACCCAACCCUCAGUCCAGAAAUUUCCCUCGCUCGCACACCUUCCCCGCAGCAGUUGCAAGUCCCAGUGCCAUUCCUACAUCGGCGUCUGCCAACAGCAGUACAACCAUGGGCCGGGCGGGGGCGUCAUCACAGGGCAGCAGCCAGCGACGCCACAGUGGACCCAACGCAGAUUCCUUUGGUGCAGGGGGUAAAGUGGUAAGAUCAGCCCGUGUGCCCAUGGGAGGCUGGGAAGAGGAGGGUCAAGGAGCACCACGACACCAUGAGCCAGUACCAGAGGAGAGCUCAGAGGACGAAAUGCCUCCUCAAAUACACAAGAUUACAUAACAAAGCCCUGGGUCAGCUUCUCACUCUCCAGAGAAAAAUGCAAACACACAUUCUACACCUUUAUCCAGGACUGACUAUUUGAUUCGGGCAAAGAUGAAGAUGGACAUGUGCAAGAGAGAGAUGUGCCCGUUUACGACGAUCAACCUUUGGAAGAUAGUGCACGACUUAUUACAUGCCUUAAAGGAAGGCAGGGUAGUUUUCUAGUUUGUAUAUCAAAUGAGGACAGACAGGAUCAAGUUACUUCUUAUAGCCAUUAAUACCAUCAGAAUGAACACUACACUCUUUCUGUCAUGUCAACAAAUUUGAUUUUGAUAGUACAUUUGUUGCUGCAGUGUAAAAUAAUGUGAUCACUUCAGCUGGAAGCAUCGUUAUACUUUGCUGUUGUGCAAAUUGUAUUGUUUCCCCCCCUUCCCCUUCCCCAAAAUCAAAUGGCAUUAGGAGCCAAAUGUUAAUGAUGUAUGUUGUCAUGACAAAAGCAGCAUUUGGAAAGAUGCUGAUAACAGACUUUCAUCUGUUUUUGCACCAUGAACAUGAGGCUCCAGAUCCUGACCUGUGCUCUUUAUUUCAGCUUGCACCCUGCCUCUUUGCAAAAAAAAAUCAAAGUCCUCACAUAUUAGGAAAAUCAACUUACAUUAUAUAAAAUAAUAUAUUUUAAAAUCAGUUCUCAAAUGUUCUGCAGCUUUUUGUGCUGGCUUUUUUUUUUAUUUAAAAGCUAAUGUACAACACAGCCUGGUAUUCUCCACACACAAACACACACACAAGCACUUUGUAGAUAAAUGUUAUCAUGUUAAUUCAAAGUUACCAUUCAGAUGAUUUAUUGAUUCAAAUUCUUACAAUUAUAAGGCCAACAUGUUUGAUUUGUCGCCAGAGAUGCACAUAUUAAUGUAUUUUAACCAAGGUUUCAUUGUUCCUCAUGCAAAAAGGGUGCAGCAGACAAACCUGUUUAAAGCAUGUAAUAUUGACUUCUGUGCCAUACAAAAAUCCCCCAAGCACAAGUGCAUGACCACCAUCCAUACAUUCUUCUUGAGAGUUGAAACACAACCAACACAAAGGCUCCUAAACCAUCACCAUGUUUUUACAAUCCCGUUAGAAAACAGCAUGACUUUCCCAUGCUCUUCUGUUAUUUGGCAGCAAUUCUUUAAAAAAAAAAAAAUAAUAAUAAUGAUGCACUUUAAUUGAUUUGUCAAUGCAGAGGGUGUCACUUGUUUGUAUGUGUAUGCUGUCAUAUGUAUAUUUUUUAAAUAUUUUUUAAAUAACUUUAUUUAUCAAAGGGAAGGUGCCAUGUGGUAAACAGGAGUGAAACACUGCAAGUUCAGCGUUGACGUUUGAUUAAAAGUGAGUGUGCUCGGGGUUAUUUGUUCUAUGAAUAUUGUAAAAUACCAUUUUGUACAGAUGUAAAUUCAUCCAUUAAAGACAAAGAAUUGA